AGUAUAAAGCACCGCCUCCCCCAUCACCAGCAGCACACCGAGACCACCGCAUUCACAUCCACAUCCAAGGAUCAAACGCCCGAUCGAAAAGCUUCUCUCCAGCAAGCAGAGGCAAUCAGGAAGCCAGCGGCGAUGGCGGUGGGGUUCCGUCGGGCGCUGGACGCGCUCACGUCGCCCAAGUCGGCCCUGCUGGAGUGCGCGCGGCCCAAGAAGCUGUCCUCCUACGCGCGCGUCCGCUCCAUCAGCCUCCCCGUCCGCCUCCACCCGCUGGUGGCCGCGCUGCACGACUCGGCGCGCGCGCUGCUGCGGUGGGCGGACGAGCCCGCGCAGACGGGGCCCGCCUGGGUCGCCGACGGCGCCGACCGGGCCGGGCAGGUGCUGGCGGGCCUCUCCGCCAUGCUCCACCACCCGCAGGCGCGGGACGCGCUCCGCCGGCCCUGGACGGAGCAGCUGCUCGACGACCUGCUCCUCCUCGCCGACUUCCACGGCUGCUUCCGGGACUCGCUCGUCGCGCUCCGCCAGCUGCUCAACGAGACGCACUCCGCCCUGCGCCGCCGCGACGGCGUGCGCCUCGCCGCGGCGCUCCGCGCGCAGCGCCGCGCCGCCAGGGAGGUCUCCCGCCUCGCGUCCUCCGCCAGGGACCUCUGCCACCGCGCCGCCCCCGACGACGACCUGGACGAGAUCACGCUCGCCGACGCCUUCGCCGCCGCCACGGCCGCCGUGGCCGCCGCCUCCGCGGCCAUCUUCUCCGGCCUGUCGUCCGCCUCGGCCGAGUCCGCCGCCAGCGCCGCCCCGUCCCCGAGGACGCCGACGCCCUACUCCCCCGCCCGCGCCCCCGCCAGCCCGAUGUGGCUGGUGACUGACCUCCUCCGCCGGCGGAGGACCGUGUCGUUCUCGUUCGAGGAGUACUGCAACGAGGAGGAGGAGGAGAGGAAGGCGGCCAUGGGCCGGGUGCGCGGCCUCGAGGAGUGCGUGGCCGCCGCCGAGGGCAGCGGCGAGCAGGUGUACCGUGCGCUCGUGAACGCCAGGGUGUCGCUGCUCAACCUGCUCACGCCCACAUUCUGACGACCUGUUCUUUCCCGUGUUCCCCUUCACCUUCACAGACACCCAUUUUUCUGGAGAGCAAGGCUGCAUGUGAGCCUGUGAGAUUAGUAUUAGCGAUUCCAUUUCGAUUCGUUUGUUGACUCCUGUGUGUACAUGAUGUAGAUACUCCUGCUUGCAAUGCAAAUGUGGUCCAACUAAUUAGCAGAAAA